AUGGAAAGUAUUAUAAACCAAUUGAAUAAUCUAACUGUGUCAACAAUCGGUAAUCCAGAAUUUGAUGCUGCCACUAAAGCCAAUGACGCAAAAGGCAUUCUUAAUAAUCAUUAUACUGGAAAAGAUUUGGUAUUUAGUUUGAAAAAUGAUAUUAAAAGUAUUACGAUUGACCAAGUUGAAGUUUUUAAUAGAGAAUUAAGAGAUGUAAAGGAACAAAUUCUAAAUUUUGUCCAAUCAGAACAUGGUAUUAUAAAUGUAGGUCCUCGUUAUAAAAAGUAUAGAAAAAUUAGAAAUAAAAUCAGAAUUAAAGUUGGCACAGUAGCAGCCGAUCCAGAACUCACUCAACAACAAAAAAAUGUUAUAAUUUAUGUCCUUUUACCAAUUUAUAACUUGCCAGAUUAUGAUAGAAAUUAUAACCCAGAUAAAGGUGGAGGUGAAAAAACAUUCUCAAAGAUGUUGCUUAAUGUCGCUGUUAUGCACUCAAAAUCAAAAUUUGAAUAUGUAGAUGGUUAUUAUUCUUUUCACCAAGAGACAUUAAUUUGA